AUGGGUAUAUCGUUGAAGAUCCCUUUUGGCUCUAGGAGACGUCCCAGCAAACCAUCCGCUGGACAGAAACCCUCAGGCGAAGGUAGCAGCCGCAAGCAAGCACAAGACCAUCGCAGCGGAGGCCCCCCGUCUCCCUACCAUAUCCGCCAAAUUGAACCUAGACCCAAACCGUAUAUCGUGCAAAGCAGAACGCCCACCUACAACGUUAGGGAAGUACGCCCUUCCACCGCGCCCCAAAAACCCCACGUGACGGUCCAAACCAUCACCACCACAACCCCCUCCUCCCACCGCCACCGCCGCCGAAGCAGCGUCUCUAUCCGCUCACCCCCGCAUACCUCCUACAGCUACGUCGAACCCAACACCCGUAACUCACCCGUUCGUCACUGCCGCCGCUCUUCCCGACCCAAAACCCCGAACUCCCCUGUUAGUCCCCUCGAAACCUCCCGUUUCGAAUUUCCCUCCCCCUGGUCACAACCUCAACCAGUUAUCCAGCGCGACGAGUACGGGUUUAGCAUCCGGACGCCGUCGACGCCGGUGGGGCAGGGGAAUGCGUAUGGGAUGAGUGCUUUGGCGCCGGUGAACUCGGGUGAGUUUAGUUAUUUUGAGCCGUGGGCGGGGGGUCAGGGGAUGGAAGGAAGUGGGGAGGAGAAGGGGGGGAGUGGGUGGACGGAGGAGGAUUUGAUGGGGUAUUAUAGUUAUGGGGUGGGGAGUGUGGGGACGGCGGGGGGAGGGAUUGCGCAGAGUGGGAGGAGUAGACAGCACGGGAGGGGUGAGCAGUCUGGGAGGGAGACGAGGGGGGAGGGGAGUAGGGUUAGGUUUGCUUAG